UAUAUCGAUAUACACAAUUACAUCUCUGAAAAAUAUAAAACAAUGCGAGGGAUUUGUUGUUGCACAAAUUCAAAUUGAAUUGUGACUUAUUUGUUUAACAAAAUAGCAAACAAAAGCAACUACUGGUUACAAAUGACUACACCUGCACCACGCCAUGUUAGAGAUUUGCUAGCAUUUGGUACGGAUUCGGAAGAUGAAUCCGACGCGAGACAAGCGAAUACACGAAAAGAAGAAUUCGAUAAUGGCAACAAGGAGAAUCAAGAUCAGCCCAAAGCGGCGCGCCAUCAAAUGGCCAAGGAUAUCAGACCAGCACCUGCCGCUAAGGUCUUGUUCCCCAGACGUCGUGCAGAGUUAACAAUGAUGGACUCUGACAGUGAUGAUGAAGACAAUAAGAACGAUCACAAUUUGAACUGUGCCAUUCUCAACGACUCCUUUGUGCUAAGUCCUAUGCACGAGCUAACCAGUAACACAAGCAUGACUUCUAAAGCGGUUGCUCUGCGGGCCAGUGAUUCGAAUUUGUCCUUCCUUGGUCGGUUCGGCAACAUGGGCAUCAAUUGUAGCACCAGCACUACCACGGGCAAAUCGCCACCUUUGCAAGUGGAACAGCAACAACAACCUGCUGAGCUGCCAAUCAAAAAACCACCACCCUCAACAUUGCAAAUAAUUUCGGAACAACGCAAGGCUGUGUCUACCAAAACGCCGUUGCGUACUUCGCUGGCACCGUCUUUAAAAAAACAACCUAAGCCUGAAUCGGAAUUUGUAACGCCCCAGGUUUGCAGCCUUGCCACAAGGCAGAGUACACGCACCCAGAAGACCCACAAUGAGUUGGCCAAUGAGUUUCGCUCGCAGAAAGUACUCUUCCAAACGCCUAUGACAGUCAGUCGCGCUGCGCCCUUUACAAGCGACAGUCUUAGCUUCUCACUAUGCGACACCAUCAGCGAAAGUCCAGAUACGCCUGCUCAACCACAGCCAAAAGUAGAAGCGCCUAUCGGCAAUAAAUCGAAAAAGUCCCUGGAUUGUCAAUUUCGUCAUGCUGAGCAGGAGAAACCAGAAUUGGCUUUGCCCGUGCCAGCGGCCGUCUCCGUACCUGUGCCGGCUGCUACGCUGCCUGACAAACCAGAAACAACAACAAAAUCGAAUGCGCUGCAAAUCAAGAACCAUGAGUACCUCAUGGUUAAAAAACUGGGCUGUGGCGGCUCAAGUUCUGUUUAUUUGGCACGACGCAAGGAUACUGGGCAGGAAUUUGCAUUGAAAGUGGUCGACCUACAGGCCGAUCCGGUAGUGGUACAGGGCUAUCUCAAUGAAACCAAGCUGCUCGAAAAGCUUCAAGGCAAUGUAUGCGUUGUGUCGCUCUAUGACUAUCAACUAUUGCGGCAAGAAUCCAAACUCUAUAUGGUAAUGGAGAAAGGUGACUGUGAUCUGAACAAGAUCCUGCAAGGAUUUACAACAAACCUACCGCUUUACAAUCUGAUGAACAUACUCUAUCAAAUGCUGCAGGCAGUCAACUAUAUACACCAGAAUGGAGUGAUUCACUCCGAUUUGAAGCCUGCCAACUUUCUGAUGGUCAAUGGUCGACUGAAGUUAAUAGACUUCGGCAUUGCCAGCAACAUAGCCGUGGACUCGACGAGCAUAAUUAAAUUUUCACAGGCUGGCACAUUCAAUUACAUCAGCCCGGAAGCACUUACGGACAUUUCCACCGGAUCAAGUCCAAUGCGCGGCAGCAAUCAACCCAAGAUAAAAAUUUCAACGAAAUCGGAUGUUUGGUCGCUAGGCUGCAUUUUGUAUUUGCUGCUCUAUCAGAAGACGCCAUUUGGUCAUAUCAGGAACAUCAAUGCAAAGAUGAACGCGAUUGCCAAUCCUGGCACAAGCAUCGAGUAUCCGGCCCUGCCAAUUUAUUAUCCGCUGAUGCUGGUGCAUAUGGUCAAAAAUUGCCUACAACUGAAUCCGAAGAAGCGGCCCUCGUGUGUGGAGCUGCUUAAGUAUCCAUUCCAUAUGGUAAUCCCAUUACAGAAUCUACAAUUGGAAUCCAAGCGCUGAAUUUUACAACACAUUAGUAUUAGAAUCUUCAUUUAGUAAUAAGUUCCAUUGGCUUUUCCACCCACUUCACAAGAAUGAAACACAAAAAUAUAAUGC